GAAAACUUCUUUGGUCUGCUACUGCUUUUCUGCUAUAUAUCUUGGGAUUCAGUGCACCACUGCACUGCCUUGAGAUAACUUAUCUUGGGAUUUCAGGAAAAGACGUUGCUUUGGCAUUUUUUAUCCGGGAAAGUCAAAUUUUCCGGUUCAACUGUUUCCAUACACACCUUUUGUAAUAAGUUUUAUUGGAGAAAUGGAACCACAGAAAAGUCCAUUAAUGGAUGAAAGCCUAUGUGAUGUUUCCCAUGAUACUGAGUUUGGGGACACACACUUUGGUGGAGGGGAUCUUUUUUCCAUUUUGGAGAGCCUAGAAGACUUGAAAGAUUUUCCUUCCACCAACAAUGAAGCUGCUGUUAUUGGCCCAACUUUCAAAGAAAAUGAGCAAAACUCAAAAAAGGUCUCAAUAUCUUCACGUGCCCCACAAGAUUCUGAAACUGAGCCUGAAAUCUCACCAAAAAGCAAGAGACAAAAGCUUAGUCCCACAUUGGUUGAGGAACCACAGAAGGUGUCUCACAUAACCGUGGAGCGCAACAGAAGAAAGGAAAUGAAUGAAAACUUAUCGAUCUUGAGGUCACUUAUGCCUUUCUUUUAUGUCAAGCGGGGAGACCAAGCAUCAAUAAUUGGAGGUGUGAUUGAUUACAUCAACGAGUUGCAGCAGCUUCUACAGUGCCUAGAGGCCAAGAAACAAAGAAAAGUUUACAAUGAAGUCCUAAGCCCAAGGCUAGUUUCAAGCCUGAGGCCUUCAUCACUAAGUCCUGGAAAACCACCCUUGAGCCCUAGAAUAAACCUUCCCAUUAGUCCAAGGAAUCCACAACCAGGUAGCCCUUACAAGCUCAGAUUGCAGCCAGGUUACCUUUCCCCCACCAUAGCCAACUCUCCUACUUCUUCAGCUUCUUCUUCCAUCAACGAUAAUAUCAAUGAGCUUUUUGCCAAUUCAAAGUCCAUUAUAGCUGAUGUUGAGGUCAAGUUUUCAAGUCCACAUGUGCUUCUGAAGACUGUGUCACUACCGAUUCCAGGCCAGGCCAUGAGAAUAAUAUCAGCUCUUGAAGACCUAGCACUUGAAAUCCUCCAUGUGAACAUUAGCACUGCUGAUGAAACCAUGCUAAACUCAGUCACUAUUAAGAUUGGAAUUGAAUGCCAACUCAGUGCUGAAGAACUUGCUCAACAAAUCCAGCAAACAUUCUGCUAAAGAUGGCUUCCAGACUUUAUAACAAGCAUCGGACCACAUCCUUAUACUUUUUAGUGUGUCGUUUGUGCGUACGUAGCGGCAUUGAUAAUUAAAAGAGAAGAUGGGGAAAAUCCGUGGUUUAAAAUUGCAGUUGUGGUCACGUUGCGGCGAGCCACUAAACCUUUAUACUGCGACUAAUUAUGAGAAAAUAUGAUGCGAUUGUGAAAUGUCAAAAUAUCUUAACGUUGCGGCUACAAUUACAAUUGGAGACCACAAUUUAAAACCCUACAUGGGAACAUCCAUUCAAUAAUUAGUUACUAGCAUUUCAGUUCAAUUUCUUUCGUUUGACUAAUUAGUUAUAGUAAAUUUUAGUGUAAUUGGUUAUCUGUGUCUUGGUACGUGUAUGGCAUGAUUCUAUUUUAAUCAAGCACUAUGUCAAGCUUUGAUUU